AUGCUUUACAUCCAACCCUUGAGCUGGCAACAUACUACAGACGGACAUGGAUCUCUCCAAUCCAGCGUUGCUGACGAGGAACCUACGAGGCAUUUACGCAGCGUAAAGUCACAUGUACCGACAGAUUUUGCUCGAUUGUUUUCGGAGAGAAUGGCCGCCACAGAGGCGUGUGUCGCCUCGUGGUGCCUACGAAUGAGAGAAAAUACGCAUCGCCAUACUCGACAGUCAUACAACAUCAUAUCAGACUGUGCCGAGUUUGGUAAUAGCCACGAGGGCGCGCAAGACAACAUGGACAAAGGCGUGCAAGAAAUGGGAAUAUAUGAAGAAAACGGGCCUUUGUGA